AUGAAAUCAUUAAUCGAAACGGAGAUUGUUACAGCCAUUGAUCAAGUCAAAAUUGAAUUUACCGAGACUACAGACUUUCUACGUCAGGGGCAAAAAGAACUCAAGACAAAUGUUGAAUCAGCAGAUUCAACAUUAGAACUAGAAAAAAUUAAUGCCGAUCUAACAAACAAAAUGAGUGUACUGCAUCGUCGUUUGGAAUCCAUGGAAAGAAUUUCCCGCAGUCACAACAUGGAGAUACAAGCAGUCCCCGAAAAACGGAAUGAGAAUAUUUUGACGCUUGUCAAAAUAUUUACUCUACAGUAA